CGAUUCCGAGACUGUAGUUUCACGAAAACAAACAGAAAUAAAUAAAAAUUCACCGCUGGGUCGACCGGCCUCAAGGCCGAUGGGUGUGCGUGUUUACGAACUCUGGUUCAUUGAGCUAAAUAUAACUGGAUUCGAAGCCAGAGUUUAGUUUAUCGUUAGAAAUGUCAGAAGGAAGUGUUACGGUGAUCUUUCAUGAUUUAUUCCGUACUACCGUCUUUUCAACGAUGUCGCGGGAUAUAUCUCGGUAGCUCCAGAUUCGUUGGAUUUUUUAUUGGUGAAAUCUUAUACGCUUUCUGUAACUUACGUACGAGUUGGCUGUGAAUUGAAAUGCGGUGAAGUGAAAUGAGUGGAUAUACAGACGAAGCUUGAGACAAUUGGAUAUGGACCGGGAAUGUCGUAAUCGCAGUGAUGACCGAAGAUCUUUGGUGAUGACGUGCCGUGUGGAUUCGACGGAGUCGAUGCGAUCUAAUUUGUCGAGUAUGAAGGCUUUUGAUUUCCAGGUCAGCGAGGAAUUACUUUCGACUCACCGGUAAGAGCUGAAUUGCGUCAUAAGAGGCAUGAGAUAAGAAACAGGUUGAAAAGGGUGCCAAUCUGCGGUGAGGAGGUCCACCCUGGGGUCGAAAACUCUUUGGAGGAAUCGUCCGUUCAGAGAACACCAUACGUCGAUGUAAAUGCUCAAGUUCGUCGACAGUCUUGCCCAGUGCUCGGUUUCGCUGGGUUGCCGACCCGACGCCCGUGCUUUUUGCCUCUGAAGCAUCAGGUUAUCCUAGAAAGUAAUUUUUCACUUGGAAUUUCACACCUGAACGAUCAUUCAGAUAAUUUAUGUCUGCAUUCUAAAUUCCUGUGUACAUCAAGCCGGAAAAUUGUCGUGACAAAUGAACAUACUGUCGAUGCCGUGACCUUGAUAGCAUUUGAAUUGGCGUUGGCAGAGCCCAACGCCAAUUUAAAUUUAUGACCUUUGAACUCGCGAUUUACUUUUGAUCGCCUGGAGACUGGUUUCGUAACACGGUAGCGGUUAGUUGGUUUAUUUUUUGCAUACCUUCAAACAGUGGGCAUAUUGUCUAACCAUGUCACCGUGUUUGGACCAUCGAUCUCCUUGGACCCACGCCUGCGGAUCUAGGUAAUGGUCCUCGUUCUGCACGUUGUCGUGGAUUUUUAUCACGACCAGAAUCGUGUCCCAGGAAUGAACCAUCAUAUCCCAGGAGUAUCCGUACAAACCCGGGACCCAGUUAUUGUAUCCCUGAAAAAUCAAUGGGCGAUUACGAGGUUCUCCUGGACCUCGUCAUCCGAUAACGAAGAUUCGAGUCGACUCGAGUAAAACCAGGCUUCGAUUCUCCUGGGCCAAUCGACGUGGCAAAAUAGAGGCAUGGUUGCCAAACAGACGUGGAAACUUGUACAGAACACCAUGGCGGGCAGUCUCGUUUUGUCGAAUAACAUCCAAAAUCCUACGGUCAAAUCGAAGAUGAAUCCAAACCAAUGUACGAUGAGGAAAUCGAUCUGUUCGGUGGUGAGGAGGAGCCUGAAAAAAAAUCCCACCGUGACGAUCGGUUCCUAGACGGAUAAAAUGAAAAAAAUAGUCAACUCACAAGUAGUUGCUGGCUCCGGUACCCCAAAAGAGGAUGGAGACGACGCCGUACAAGUAGCUGUGAUUGUUCCAAUUCAUUUUGUCUAGUGUAAAAAAAUACCAGUAGGGCAGCAGAAAACAUCCGCAAGCUAACUUGAAGCAAAAACCAAUCAUUACACCUCCGGCGCCGAUCCACAUGAGGGUGUACAACGCUAUGGUCCACGCGAAAUUUCAUUUCGAUAGCCCUUCGACACUCGCCACUCGACACUUAUAUUCUAAAUAUAAUCGACCUUGGACGAUGUCACGACUCGCGGCGACCGCACGUUAUUUUGACCGGAUUAUUUUGAGCCUUGUUUACACCCCCGACGAGGGCUAGGCAAACGCCUAUCGCGUUAUCUCUGACCAAACGAACCCUACCUACAGCGAAGAUCGAAACAAGUGAUGAGAGAUGAGAGACGGGAUGCUGAGAAGCUAUUCGUGAAUUUCGUUCGACGACGAGUACGUCGUAGCGCAUUUCGCAGCCGAGGUUCGACGACUCGAUGUCAUCGGAUAAGUCCGUCUGGAAUGUCGUCUAUAAAUUCUUCGAGACGACCGGGAAACAUUACAAGAGAGAAAUCCUACGACCCUGCUUGACGUAACGGAGGCUGACGGAGUUCUGUCUGCAGCGUACCCCGAAGUCAGUCCUCUCCUUCGGUACGAUGCGGCGGCUGCUGUCGCCAGGCAACCUGGGCGCCUAUCGACCCGCGCUGGCGCGAUUCUCUCGGUUCACCUUUCCUCACGAUCAGUCGUCUUCGGCGUCUUCGGCGUCGGCGAACUUUUCGUCAUUGUUUGCUUCAGGUGUCCCAUGGCGUGAUGAUGGGGUGUCGGUAGAACGUGCGUGGAAUGAUGAUGUCCGUAAAUUCGUUGCUCGUAACACGGUUGGUACUGAACAGGUGGACUGAUACUUUGAUCGCUGUAACAGUCGUACUCCUGCCAUUCGGGCAUAAAUCUUUCCUGGGGGUACGGAAAUGCCGAGUGUGCCGGUCCAAGACGCUUUUGGGCGGCUACGGCGCAGCUACCCGUCGAAGAAGUUAUCAUAUUUCCGUUCUCGCCUAUGCUGACCGUCACGUUGCCAACGUUUAGGGUGAUCUCGCCGGAGUCGGAGUUCCCCAAUGUCUGCGAAAGCGCCCAUAUAUAGUUGUGAGCGAAACGCAGGGUCUCGAUUUUCGUCAACUUCGUGUCCUCCGGGAACGUCGGGAGGGCCAGUCGAAGACGUUCCAGGGCGUCGUUGAGGGUGUGCAUGCGAUGUCGUUCGCGGUCGUUCGCUUUUAUACGACGGUUUCUCUUCAGCCGCAAAACCUGUGGGUUUCAAAAAUCCGAAGAAGAUCAGAAGUGGGAGUUUGGUUUGUUCACCUGAGUCGGACUUUUGCAGCGCGUGCCACGAGACUUUUUGCGUUUUUCUUCCUUCACUGAGGGGAAGAGACCGUCCGAGGGAGAUUCGUGUUUCGGUGACUCGAAGCUCACGUCGAAUCCGGAAUCGGAGGAACUGGAAAGUUCGUCGAAACCUCCCUCGCUGCAGAAAGAAUACUCCGAUGACAUCGUAACGGGUCCUCACGCGAUCGCGUGACGAAGAAUACUCUGAUAUUCAUGGCGUUUUUUUUUUUUCUUAUAAAACUUCGCGAACUUUUGAGAUUUCACUGGAAAACCUGUACGUCGAUCGAACGGCAAACGGAGAAAGAAACGACUACCGAUCUAUACGGGGCAAUGGGAGGCCGACUAUCGGGACUUUCGAACUAUAAUUAAUUCUUCGAUCGAGCAACCCCUGCGGACCUGAUUCCGCGUUAUCGGAAGCGAAUAUUGUAGGUCUUCAGGAUGCUAAAAUAUCUUGUUCUGCUGAUCGUCGCUUGCUCCUCCGUCGGAGGGCAAGUGAUAAACAGAGCGCCCCAUUUCAUCCAAGGUGGGGACAUGGCGCGUUUGGCGGUUUCCGAAAGCACGCAACCAGGCGCACCGGUUUACACUCUUCAGGGUGAAGACCCGGAAGAUUCGAAACUCCACUAUUCCAUCAGCGGGGAGUACUUCACUGUUGACAGAGAGACGGGUGUUGUCAUCCUGAGAAAAGCACUCGAUAGGGAAACGCAGGAUCUGAUAGAAGUCAUCAUUAGCAUAACCGACGAAGGUGUAGCUGGUUCCGAACCGAACACGGUCUCCUUACGUCGAGAGAUAGCGGUUCUCGACGAGAAUGACAAUCCUCCGGUCUAUCACGGUCGUCCGUACGCCGCCAGAGUCCCUGAGAGUGCGAGGGUGGGCAGCGCGUUGCUUCCUCCGGGGACGAUAACCGUCACCGACGAAGACGGCGGCGUUAACGCCGACGUCGUUGUUCGAUGCGUCGCUUCGUCGCGCGACGACGACGUUUGCGAGGUCUUCGACGUUGCUACGGAAAAGUUGGGGGAAGGUAGAUACGAGGUUCGCAUAACGCUAGCUAAGCCCUUGGAUUACGAGAGGAGAAAUUCGUACCUGAUUAAUCUGGUGGCUGUUGACGGGGCCAGCGAUCCUGCGAAAAGACUCAACGCCCGAGCGACUGUCGCCGUCGACGUUUUGGAUGUUCAGGAUCAGCCACCGACGUUCCUCAAUGCGCCGUACAGUGCAGCUCUUCCUGAAAAUACUCCAGCGGGUCACGUGGUUUUAACGGUUCGAUCUCGGGAUGGCGAUACCGGAGAGCCGAGGCCUCUCCUCCUGAGCCUCGAAGACGAAGAUGCGGGACACUUCGAGCUUGUGGUUACGCGAGAAGGAGAUGUAACCGUUGGAAAGCUGACGACGACCGGCGUCCCCUUGGACCGUGAAGAUUCCAGUAUCUUACAAAACGGAGGGAUUUACAUUUUCAAAGUAAAAGCUACCGAGCUGAUAAAUAACGAGAUUCCUGCCGACACUGCAACCUCAGUCGUCACCAUCGUAGUCACGGAUGUCGAUGAUUUAGCACCGGUGUUCAGCAGCGAUCAUUUUUCGAUAAAAAUUUCAGAAGAUAUCGGAAUAGACACGCCGCUGCCAGGCCUCAACAUGGUGGUGAGCGACGGCGACGUCGGUGACAACGCUAGAUUUACGUUGGCCUUGAGAGAUGCACCCGGGUAUCCAGGGAUCGGUAAAGCGUUUUCAGUGAGUCCCGAACAAGCCCAGGGAAGAGUUCCGGUGGUUGUGAGAGCGACCAGUAAAGAAGUCCUCGAUUACGACGUCGAAGACGAAACUAAGAGAACACUGGAAUUCGACGUCACCGCUUCUGUGGCUGGAAAUGUGGUGGCAUCAUCCAGAGUGCACGUCGAACUUUUAGACGCUAACGAUCACAGUCCGGAAUUUUCACAAUCGGUGUACAAGCUCACGGUUCCCGAGGACGCCGUACCGGGCACCCAUUUCGGCGAAGUUUUCGCCGUAGACAAAGACAGCGGAGAUUUCGGACGCUUGACUUACAAUCUCCGAGGCUUCGGAACCGACAAAUUUAAGACUGAUCAAAAAAGCGGCGGUAUUUCCGUCGCCAAAGCGCUCGAUUACGAGAUCCAAAAAUCGUAUUCCCUGACAAUGGAAGCCAGGGAUGGCGGCGGCAGAGUUUCCACCGUAAACAUACUGAUCGAAGUCCAGGACGUAAAUGACAAUGAACCGGUUUUCGAACAGAAGGAAUAUUCGAGAACCGUACGCGAAGAAGCCACCAGCUUUGAACCGCAGUUGUUCGUGAGAGCCACGGAUAUCGAUGGGCCCACUCAAGGUGAUGGGAAAGUCACUUACUCGAUCGGUCAUCACAACAGUAUGACGGAAAACGUUUUCAAGGUCGAUCCAGAUACUGGCGAAGUAACGAUGCUGAAGCCAGCACGAUCGGCUGACACGGAACGUGGUCUUUACGAACUCAGCAUUCGCGCGACGGAUGGAGGAAAACCGUCUCUCUAUUCUGAAACAAAGCUCUCGGUCCGGGUCGGUGUUCCGGGUAAUCAAAGACCCAUAUUCCGAGGUAACUACAAAGCGGGUUCACCGGGUCCCAAUAGUUACAAGGCGCGACUUUUGGAGAACGCUGCACCGGGGACCGAAGUCGUCAGGGUCAUAGCGAACGAUCCCGACGGCAGAGAUAAUUUGUUACAAUAUUUCAUAGCCAGUGGAGCCAAAGACAAUUUCGUCAUCAACCAGAGCUCUGGGAUCAUAACGGUGUCACCGGACGCGAGGCUGGAUCUCGAGGCUGGGGGGGACAGAUAUGAUGUGGUUGUUUACGCGGUUGACUCCGGUACUCCGGUAAGAGAGACUGCAACUACCACGGUGGCCGUGAACAUUAUCGAUGUGAACAAUAAACCGCCGGUCUUCGACAAUUCGACGUACUUGAUGUACGUUUCGGAGAGAGCGGCAAUCGGCGAUUCGGUGUUGAGGGUAACUGCCACGGAUCCGGAUUCCGACGCGAAUCUCGAGUACUCGAUAAUCGAGCCCAUAAAAGCUGUCGACAAAACCGGCGUUGCAUUGAAAAGUACAACGCCGUAUGAUUACAAAACUGCGUUCAGAAUAAACUCCACGAGCGGACUGAUCACGGUGAAUCAAGUCCUGGAUUACCAGGUAGCCGCGGUAAUUAUUCUCACCGUUCAAGCGAGGGACUUGAACGCUGCCGUUGAAAAGGAGAAGCAAGUCACCGACGUCGAAGUAACGAUCUACGUCCAGGCGUAUAGCGACGAUAAUCCGAUAUUCACCAACACCGGAUGGUCUCCGAACAAUCCCACGAUUCGCGUUUCCAUUCCCGAAGAGCAACCGGUAGGAACGACCUUGCUGAUGUUAUCCGCGAGGGAACCGGCUACCGGCCGACCUAUCGAGAUGUUCGAAUUGGUUCACGAAGAUAACGAAGAAGAGUUCGUCAAUGUUGGAGUUCAAAGUGGAAAUGUUGUGCUGAAUAAAAGACUGGAUUACGAAACCCUCAGUGACAAGGUUCUACGUUUCAAAGUGCGUGCCUUGGCGAGGGAUCAUGAAAUAAGUCGCAGCAUGUCCGAGGUGAACGUAAUCGUACAAGUGCAGGAUAUAAACGACAACAGUCCGAUUUUCAAUCAAAAAGAUUACAAAAUUUCGGUUCUCGAAUCUUCCGCACCGUCGAAAAUUGUUUUGAACGUCAAAGCGACGGAUAUGGACAGUUCGAACACGGAACAGGAAGUCAAGAGGGGUUUCGGAGAGAUCAGAUACUCAUUGAUCGGCGAAAAUGCGGACUUGUUCGAGAUCGAUCCUAUCAGCGGAAAUAUUCUGAUCGCAGCGAACACUACGCUGGAUCGAGAGCGACAAUCCGUUCUACGAUUCUACGUUGUCGCCAUGGACAUGCCGCAGGGUGGCGCGGAACAGAAAAGUUCUCGGGCAUUGGUGACCGUCGAUAUUUUGGACGUUAACGAUAACGCUCCGAGCUUUCCUCUGGACUCUUACACGGCUGUGGUGCCGGAAAACGCACCUCCCGGCAUCAGUGUUGUCAAUAUCACGGCUGUCGAUCCUGACGAGGGUAGAGGCGGAAUAAUUCAUUUCGAAAUCAUCGACGAAGGAGAAGCUAAUGGACUCUUCAAGAUAAAUCACACCACCGGCGAAAUUUAUUCUGCCGGAGAACUGACUGGCAAAGGUCGAACGGAGCCUUACAACAUGCGGGUGCGGGCUCAGGAUGGAGGGAAGCCUGUUUUAUUUUCGGACGUCGCUUUGAUACUGUACAUCGGUGACGUCGUCAGCAACGACGGGGUCCCACUUUUCAUCAGGCCAACUUUGGACGAGAUCGCUCACGUCGCGGAAAACUCAACGAUCGGUAGUUUGGUCUUCCAGGUUGUCGCGUCCGACCCGGACGAUCCGAAUUUACCGAACGGAAAGAUAACUUUCAAGUUUCUGGAAGAUGGAAACUUUGGUAACGACGCGAGUUCGUUCAGUGUAAACAGCGAUACCGGACUGAUAACGACGAAAAAGCUUCUAGACCGCGAAACUAAAGACAGUUACACUCUCAUACUGGUAGCUCAGGAUCUCGGCGAUCCUCCUCAACAAGCGACUCGUGUCCUCCAGGUGAUCGUAGACGACAUCGAUGAUCACAAGCCACAUUUCAAAAGAGGCCUGGACAGCCCACCCGUGGAGUUGAGCACGUACGAAGAAGUGCCGAUAGGUACGGAGAUCGGAAUCGUUGAAGCGAUCGACGAAGACAUCGGAGAGAACGGGAUGAUCGACUACGUGAUCGUGUACGGAAACGAGGGUGGCCUUUUCGCCGUCGAACGGUCGGAAAAUAAUUCCGCGGUGAUAAUAUCCACGGGUCGAUUGGAUCGCGAACAAUUCGACCGUCAUUUACUCACCGUGAAGUGCUUCAAGUAUCCCGUGAAAAAAUCGGAGGUCCCUCCGAAGCCGUACAACAGACAAGACCCGUCGGAAAGACAGAUAUUGAUAAAGAUUCUGGACAUCGAUGACAAUAAACCAAAAUUCAAAAAACAAAACGUCACCCUGGGCGUUCGAUUGAACGUACCGAUCGACACGAGUCUUCUCACACUGGAAGCCACAGACCCGGAUCUGGAUGCUUUACCGAUGAACUACAAUAUGGGCGAAGUUACUUUCAGCUCGGUAGUCGAUCCUUCGAUUUCGCGAGAAAAAACGCCGCAAUUGUUCUCCCUCAACCCCGAGACCGGGGAGUUGAGAACCGUCAGUUCGAUGACGGGGUUCGCCGACGGUUACAUGGAGGUUCCGGUAUCGGCGAAUAAUUCCGUGACACCGGGGAGAGAGACGAAUGUUACCGUAAAAGUUUUCCUGCUACGCGAUCGCGAUAUGUUGAAAUUCGUGUUUUCGAAACCUCCGGUGGAGGUCAGGAAAUCGCUCGAAGAAUUCGAAAUUGCGGUACAGCAAGCCUUGUCGCUUCCGGUAUCCGUGAACGUCUACGACACUCAGUUUUAUUCGAAAGAAGACAAUUCUCUGGACUUCUCGUCGACGAGUUCCUGCUUCCAAAUGGUUGGAAAGGAGUCUUACGACCUCGAAGAGAUGAAAGCCCUUCUGACGGACUCCAAGAACGAGGAAUUGAAAAGGGUCUACCAACAAUAUCACGUCGACACGGUGCAGCAUUGCGCUGCUCUCGUCGCUAGGGCCGACGCUUCCAUGACACAGAUGUGGGUUCUCGCAAUCGCUGUACUCGUGGGGAUCGCCGCGAUUGUUUCCAGUUGUACGCUCUGCUGCAUGCACGCGAAAUACAAGAAGCACAUGAAACACGCCCGUCUUCGAGAACAACCGCGACCAGCCUUGAGCUACGUCUCGGCUGGUCCAGGAAUGGUAAAUGCCGGAUCACAUACUACUUUAGGCCCCGGGACGAUGGUUACUUUGGGACCACACGAAGGACCCUACGAAUGGGGGGCGGAUGCCGCCCUUUAUCACCCUAACACCCUGAACUCCAGAACGUAAUGAGUGAUUUUUUUGCGAAGUUAUCGAUGUUCGAGCUGGUCGAGUGCCGGAAUGACGAACAAUCGGGGAACUCGAACGUCAGUGAGUUCUCGUGUUCGUUGUUUUCAUUGUACAGAAAGUUGCGUCAAAAAAAGACAGUAAAAUAGAGAAAUGGUGCUAUAGUGUAAACUGUUCUAUGUGAAUAUCUCAGAGGGAAAUUAUUUUAUUUAUUCAGAGAAACGAGAAAACAUAUAUGUAUAUUGAAAACUGGUUCCAUACAAGGUAAUGAUCGUACGGACUAUAAUAUAUGGAAGAAGACAAUUUUUAAUCUCCAGAGUACUUCAUCGAAUCACCGAAUGCAACGUACGUAAUACUCUGUGAAAAAACCAUCUGGUGAAUUAGCGUUGUUGCGGUGAUGAACAACUAUAGAUUAGCUGUAUGAGAUAUAGUAUACGUUAGAUGUUAACGAUAAUCGUCAUUCUUAUUGUAAUAUAAUUUAUAUUUAAUGAGAAUAGAUUCAUAUAUUUUACAAUAA